AUGAGUCACGGCGUGCCCCGCGUCGCGGUCGGCGAGAAGACGGACGCCUCGCGCAGAAAGGAGCUCAAGCAGAUUGACGCAUACCAAGCCCUGGUCGACAGUGUGCAGGCNAAAGAAGAGUACACGGCCGAAACACUCAGCCUGACGUCCGCCCUGCUCACUCAGAACCCCGAAUACUACACCGUCUGGAAUCACCGUCGACUGGUCCUCCAACAUGUCUUUGCCAAAGAAAUCGACUCUCCGCCAGCCGAAGACGCCGAAUCAAAGCCCGCGCCCGGUCUGAAUCCAGCACAGCAUGAGAUUACCCUCUUGAUCCGCGAAGACCUGGCUUUCCUGCUGCCUCUGCUCAAGCAGUUCCCCAAGUGCUACUGGGUCUGGAACCACCGCGCAUGGCUCUUGCAGCAAGCCUCGAAAUACCUACCCGUCACAUCUGCCAAGCGUCUAUGGCAGGAAGAGAUGGCUUUGGUCAGCAAGAUGCUCUCCUACGACUCGCGCAACUUCCAUGGCUGGAGCUACCGAAGAGAAGUCGUCAAGUCCAUUGAACACCUCUCAACCCUCGAGCAAGAAGAAAAGACCCAGACCGACGAAGGAAAGAAACCUGAAGAGUCUAUGACCGAGUCCGAGUUUGCAUACACAACCAAGAUGAUCAAGACCAACCUGUCAAACUUCUCUGCCUGGCACAACAGACUGCAGCUCAUACCCAAACUCUUGGAGGAGAGACACUCCGAUGCCGCUGCUCGCAAGAAGCUUCUCGACGACGAGUUUGAACUCAUCAUCACCGCUCUCUACACUGAUCCAUAUGACCAAAGUCUGUGGUUCUACCACAACUACCUCAUGAUCAACUUGUCGCCCAAGACAUCCUCAGAGCUCAGAAUAGUGCCUGACAUGACGAAUCAAGAUCGUAUCGAAUACUUCGACACACAGUUUGAUUUACUGAAGGACAUGCUCGAAGACACCAAGGACUGCAAGUGGAUCUACCUAGCUUUGGUGACCUACACUCCGGAGUACCUCGAGAUCGAUGCUGGCAACAAGAAGAUCACCACACUCGAGUUGACAGCAUGGUUGGAUCAACUCGAAUUGCUCGACCCGUUACGCAAAGGCAGAUGGUUGGAUUUGAGAAAGUCUCUGAAUCUAUAA